AUGUCCUCCAGCGAGUUGCCCUGCUACACGCUGCUGCAUGUGCCCAACGACUGGGAACUGCCCAGCGAGGCGCAGCUGAAGGAGAAGUUCGAAAAAGGAGACGACAAAGGCCGUGCCGAUGCCCUCAAGAAGCUGAUCUACAUGAUCCAGACCGGCGAGAAGACAAGCCCCGGCAUGCUGAUGUACGUCAUCCGCUUCUGCCUGCCCUCCAACGACCACACGCUCAAGAAGUUGCUGCUCAUCUUUUGGGAGAUUGUCCCAAAGACGAACCCACAAGGCAAGCUGCUCCACGAGAUGAUCCUCGUCUGCGAUGCGUACAGGAAAGAUUUGCAGCACCCGAACGAAUUUGUCCGCGGGUCGACGUUGAGAUUCCUGUGCAAGCUGAAGGAACCGGAGCUGCUCGAGCCGCUGAUGCCCGCCAUCCGCACCUGCCUGGAGCACCGCCACUCCUACGUGCGCCGGAACGCCGUCUGCGCAAUCUUCACCAUCUUCCGCAACUUCGAAUUCCUCAUCCCGGACGCGCCAGAGCUCGUCUCAAAUUUCUUGGAGGGAGAGCAAGACGCGUCAUGCAAGCGCAACGCCUUCAUGAUGCUGCUGCACGUCGACCAAACGCGAGCCCUCGACUUCCUCUCCGGUUGCAUCGAUCAGGUCACCCAAUUCGGCGACAUCCUGCAGCUGAUCAUCGUCGAGUUGAUCUACAAAGUGUGCCACACCAACCCAGCCGAGCGCUCCCGCUUCAUCCGUUGCGUCUACAACUUGCUUCAAUCGCAGUCGGCCGCCGUUCGAUAUGAAGCCGCUGGCACGCUGAUCACCCUCUCACCUGCCCCGGCCGCCAUCAAGGCCGCAGCUUCUACGUAUAUUGAACUGAUAGUGAAGGAGAGUGACAACAACGUCAAGCUGAUCGUGCUCGACCGCCUGAUGGAGCUGCGCACCAACUCGGCCGGCGAACGUGUGCUGCAAGAGCUGGUGAUGGACAUCCUCCGCGUACUCGCUUCCCCGGGGCUCGAGGUUCGCAAGAAGACGCUCGCCUUGGCCCUGGACCUCAUCUCCAGCCGCAACGUCGAGGAUAUGGUCAUGUUCUUGAAAAAGGAAAUCAGCAAGAGCUCGAACGAGUCGGCCGACGAGGGCGCCCGCUAUCGCCAGGAACUCGUCCGCACCCUGCACACGGCCACCAUCAAGUUUCCGGACGUGGCCCCCCAAAUCGUGCCCGUGCUCAUGGAAUUCCUCUCCGACGACAGCGAACUGGCCGCCGUCAGCGUUGUCGAAUUCGUGCGCGAGGCCGUCCACAAGCUGCCCCAUCUGAAGCCCGUCAUUCUGCAGUCGCUACAGGAAGGUCUACUCUCGAUCCGCAAGCCGAAGAUCUUCAUGUCGGCCCUCUGGAUCCUCGGCUCGUACUGCGAAACGAACGAGACCAUCGCGGAAGUGAGGCGCCUCGUCAAGGAGGCCAUUGGAGAGCUGCCGAUCGUCGACUCGGAGCUGCGCCUAAUUGAGGGAACGGAGGAGGCGAAGGACGAUGCUAAAGCCGGAAGCAAGCCCCAUAAGCAACUAGUGACCGCCGAUGGCACCUACGCGACCCAAUCGGCCGCCAUGUCGACUGCGGUUCGCACCGGCGAGGAUAACCGCCCUCCGCUGCGCCGCUUCUUGCUCGAUGGCGAAUUCUUCCUCGGCGCCACCCUUUCGACGAUUCUCAGCAAACUGGCCGAACGUUAUGCAAAGCUCAACCAAGGAAAUUCGCCACGCGUGAACGCCUUCAAGGCCGACGUCAUGUUCAUCCUGUCGUCGAUCGUCAAUCUGGGCAAGAGUGGCCUCUCUAAGAACAACAUCACUGAAGACGAUCUCGAUCGUAUGUGCACCACGAUCAAGGUGCUGGCCGAGGGUUGCCCAGGUGCCGAGGAGAUCUUUCUUGAUAAGUGCCGCGAAAGCCUUGAGAUUAUGCUGUCGAACAAGCACGAGGUGAAGCAGGAUGAGCAGAUCAAGAAGAAGAACCAAGUCGAGGUCGACAAGACCAUUGUCUUCACGCAACUCUCGGCUCGCGCUGACCAAGUGACCGGCGACAACCUCUUCGACCUCAGCCUCUCCCAGGCUCUUGGCACCGCCCAAAAGACCUCAAAGUUCGACUUCUCGUCCUCGAAGCUCGGCAAGGUCAUCCAGCUCGCCGGAUUCUCCGAUCCAGUUUACGCCGAGGCCUACGUCAAUGUCAACCAGUACGAUAUCGUGCUCGACGUGCUGAUCGUCAACCAGACGGCCGAUACCCUGCAGAACUGCUCGCUCGAGCUGUCGACGAUGGGCGAUCUGAAGCUGGUCGAGAAGCCGACCCCAUGCACGCUGGGCCCGCACGAUUUCACCAACAUCAAGGCAACGAUCAAGGUGGCCUCGGCGGAGAACGGCGUCAUCUUCUCGGUGAUCUCCUACGACGUGCGCGGGUCGCAAUCCGACCGCAACUGUGUCUAUCUGCAGGAUAUCAAGAUUGACAUUAUGGACUACAUCGUGCCCGGCUCCGUCACGGACACCGAAUUCCGUCAGAUGUGGAACGAUUUCGAGUGGGAGAACAAGGUCACCGUCAACACGCCCAUCACCGACCUCCGCGAAUUCCUCGCCCACAUCUCCGCCAUCACCAACAUGCGAUGCUUGACGGCAGAUGCGGCAUUAGCUGGUGAAUGCGGCUUCCUGGCGGCCAACUUCUGCGCGCACUCGAUAUUCGGCGAAGAUGCCCUGGCCAACGUGUGCAUCGAGAAGGCGAACCCGCUCGAGGAGGAGAGCCCGAUCGUCGGUCACAUUCGCAUCAGGGCGAAGAGCCAAGGAAUGGCCCUCACGCUUGGAGACAAGAUCAACUCGGCCCAACGAGAGCGCAAGCGUGGAGCCCGCGCGCCGGCCGCU